UAACUAUCUAAAUCUUUCCUAAAGCGCUGUUGCCGUCAUUCACAGACACCUGGUGUCCUUGUACUUCUGCAAAGUAUUUUCAUUCGUUUUGAUUUUAAUGUAAAAGUGUGGCGAAAGUAAAUCUUUGAUUCUAGUCUAAAUUGACACUUGAUCGUGGACUUAUUGUUUGGAAGUCAAAGGCUGUAUUUUCUGUAACACAUCGGGUGAUCAUGUCAGCCAUAACUAGCAGCAAGUGUACAAAAUACAAUCCUCUGAUCUAUGACUGUUUCUUGCCCUCCAUUUCUAGAACAUCAAUUUUGGUUCAGCCUCAUUGAUCCCAAUGAUGUCCCUUCCUGUUCCAUCGUCUGAUACGAUUCAGUUAAUAUGAUCUUCUGAUGAUUAUGACAAAAACUUUAAUUUCCGGAUUCUUUUCUUCUACUUUUUUUUUUGUUAUCUUGCCAACUGAAUAAUUGGUUUGGUAAACGCGAACUAACUAAACAAGAGAUGCAAGCAGUUAACAUAAACGAAUACAAGAUCGUUACUGAAUCUAUGUAAUCGAUGCACAUAGAUAGCCUCAACAAUGGUCUGUCGGCUGCAGGAGGAAAUAGACUGCAUUUCAAUAUAUCAUCAGCGUCUCAACAACACGCUAACUUGACCUCUUCAAAGAGCCAACGUUUGCCAAGUUUCAGACCAGCAACCAUAGAUGAUGUUGGUCCCAUGGCUGCUGUUUCCUCGUCUUUUAACAUCAGCCUGGUCGACGGCGAAUACAAUUUCAAUUUCACCAACGGAUCGAAUAGUUUGGACUACGAUUACAGCGACUAUGACAACUCGAUUCCACUUGACGAACUGCUUCCGGUUUCCCUGGUGUAUGGGGUAACACUUAUCGUUGGCGUGAUAGGGAACCUUUUGGUGAUUGCAGCAGUGGCCAGGGAUAGGAGAUUGAGGUCUAUAACCAAUAUUUUCUUGACCAGUUUGGCGUGUGCUGACUUGACACUGCUCUGUUUCUGCGUUCCAGUCAAGUGCAUUGCCUUCUUUUCCUUUAGUUGGGCCUUUGGCUACUUCCUCUGCAAGGCUGUCCAUUAUUUGCAAAUUGUGGCCAUGAUCUGUUCGGUCAUGACCUUGACCGUGAUGAGCAUUGAGAGAAAUAUCGCCAUUAUGUCUCCUUUACGCUCCAAGAGAAUCUGUACAAGGAGGAGGGCUAGAGUGGUGGUCGUCUUGCUGUGGGCAGGAUCAAUAGUGCUGGCGCUGCCAAUAUUCCCUGGGCAGAUUCAUAAGCCUGUUGGUGCUCUGGUCAAAGCCUACUGGUGUCUGAAAGAAUGGGAGAAGCCAAUCUACGGGAUACUCUUUGAGACUUACAUGCUGGUACUAUUGUUUAUGGUUCCUGUCGGUGUCAUGGUGGUCUCAUACACAACCAUAUGCAUCGAGCUGUCCAGGGGAACAAAGUUUCGACGUCAAGCCACACUUGUACAAUGUGCGCCAUCUUACGCCAAUGGUAACAGCCACUCCUCACGGUACAGCGCAAGUAAAUCUCAGCAAGGUCAAGGAUCUUGCAAAGAUAACAUGCUCCAGAACAGACACAAGGAGAGGAUGGAUCAGGAGAAAAUGAAAGUUAUACGAAUGCUUAUAGUAGUCGUUGUCCUCUUCGCUGUCUGCUGGGGUCCUAUCCUCAUCAACAACCUGCUGGUCUCUGUUCGUUUCCUCAACAACCUGAACGAAGGUCACCUCAAGCCCCUGAGGAUUGCUUUAUUUCUUCUUUCGUACCUCAACUCCAGCCUCAACCCUCUGGUGUAUGGCUUCAUGUCCAGCCACUUUAGGCGAGGCUUCCGGGAGGCCAUAUGCGUGUUCAGCAGGGCGCCGGGGAGCAGGCUGUACAGACCUGGCCGCGCCAACAACAGCUGCUAUUUAAAUUCGGACUGCCCAUCAAUUAUCAGAACCGGAACCGUCCGUCUGAGCCCUGUGACUGAACAAGUGCAGAUAAUGGAUGAAGAGGACAUGACCCACUCUCCCGUGGGCAGCGUUCGGUACGGUCGGAAGAUCUGGGCCAGGAGUGACCAAGUUUUACAUCAACUACAAGACAAAUAAAUUGAUUCACUUACUGCUGAAAUAGAAGUAUUUGUAUCAAAGGGUUUGAACGCAAUACAUGAACAUUUGAGUUCAAUGUUAUUGGACUAGAACAUUUAAUUGUCUAGGCUCCAUACGUGUCUCAGACCAUCUGAAUACACAUUCACUAUGUACACUAGUUGUAUAAGUAUAUUUCUUAACCUUCAUAAUUGACCACAACAAAAUGUCUACAGAAGUGUUCAGGAAUUCUACGACAAACUUCGCAGACUUUGCCUUUUGCCAUCAAAA